AAUGAUUCGGAGCGAUUGGUAUUACCUUAAAUGGAUCUGUCUUUUAGCAUUUACAACUUGGAUACUUUUAGGAUGGAUUAAGAGAGACUCCAAGAUCAUUUUGCCUCAUAAUGGACAAUUGAUACAUACCGACAUUUUCAAUGAAACAAGGUUGAACAUUUCUAAGCUGCUUGCUAAGAAAAAGUUUGAAAAGAAUAACAAAUACGUUAUUGAUAAGGAUUACAAAUUCGCAAAAACAUUGAAAAGAGAAAAUAAAGUACUUUUCUUCGAGUUUAAAAUUCCGGAGACAUCACUUAUUUGUUCAAAUGAAACAGAAUAUCUUAUUUUGAUCCAUACGAAUCUUAAACAUUUUGAAAAAAGAAAAAUUUUACGGAGUUCUUGGAUUAAAUUUGCUAAUCAAUCAAAAGUAUAUUUUUUCAUUGGUACGCAUUUAAACGAAAAAUUGAAGCUUGCUAUUAUAAAAGAAGCAGAGGAAUUCAAAGAUAUUGUUCAAGUAAAUAUAAUUGAGUCUUAUAGUAAUUUAGCUUUAAAAUCAGUGGCAGCUUUGCACUUUAAAGAUACAUUUUGCCCUUCAUCUAAAUAUCUGAUCAAAAUUGAUGACGACGUUAUUCUGAAUUUUGAAAAUUUAAUUAAAGCUGUAGUUCAGUUAAAGUUUACACAGUGGGGAAUACUAGGCUUAUUCUAUAUGAUGACAGCUGAUUUGAUUCGACCAAUGAUUCAGGUUUCCGAAAUAAUUGAAAUCAUUCCGAUUGAAGAUGUUUUUAUAACAGAAAAAAACAAAGUUGUCAGUGUUGACUUAUCUGGACAAGGAUUAACUGCAAUUGCAAAUUCUAUAUUAGAAAGAACCGAAAUUGAAAGACUUAAUUUGUCGUCUAAUAAUCUUCGAGCUUUAAACUCAGACGUCAAGAAAUUAGUAAACAUUACUCAUUUGGAUUUGAGCCGAAACACUAUUAAGUGUAGUCACGCUCAUGAUUAUGGAGGGUUACCUGCAGAGCUUGCAAAGUUAGCUCAUUUGGAAUAUUUAAAUAUUGCUGAAUGUAAUUUCACAAUUAUACCUCCGACAAUUUGGCUCCUUAGGCGAUUAAAAAAACUAGAUCUUAGUAGAAACAAAAUAAAUGUUCUUCCCCCCGAUGUUGGACAGCUAUCAGGUCUACAAUGGUUUGCAAUACAACAUGCCAACCUAAGCACCCUACCUCCGGAAAUUGCUCUUUGUCAGAAUUUGGAACAUUUAAUACUUUGGGGUAACGCUAUUGAUUCUUUACCUGAAACAUUAAAGCAAAUGCGACGCCUUAAAUGUCUGGAACUGAAUUUACGAUCUUGUGCAGCUGUAAUAGAUGAUUAUAUGAUGAAAUUAUUGAAAGAUGGAAAAUGUGAAUCGACUCACAUUCCAGCUGUUCUCUUUGACAUUCCUGCUUUAGAGAGGCUUGAUUUAGAUGAAUUUCCACCUGUAAUAUGCACAAUGAAGAAUAUACAGUCGCUAGAUUUAUCAAAAAAUUUUUUGACUACUCUUCCUCCUGCCUUGACAGAUUUAUCCAACUUGAAAUUGCUGAACGUUAAUUCGAAUGAAUUAGAAAAACUCCCUACAUCCAUAUGUAAUCUGAGUCGUCUUAAUAGUUUAGACAUUUCGAACAAUAAAUUAUCAAUUUUACCUGAAAAUAUAGGAAAUCUAAAACGUCUAAAGCAACUGUUAUGCAGCAAGAAUCGACUGCAAAAUUUGCCAUUUUCAAUUUGCAAUUUAUUCAAAUUGCAUACGCUUGAUAUAAGCAAUAAUGAGCUAUCAAGCUUACCAAACGAUAUGGCAAGUCUAAUUGGAAUAAAGUCUGCUCAUUCAUACAGAAAGCUACAUAUUGACGGUCUAUGGCUUCAUGGUAAUCCUUUGACUCAGCCUCCUCCUCAGAUAUGGAAAACUGACGAUAUUCAAUCUAUUUUUGAUUAUAUGAAACGAUUAAAAAUAAGUGAAACGCCAAAUUUGCAGCCUUUGAAGACUAUCAUUCUUGGCAAUUACCAAUGUGGGAAAACUUCUUUUCUAAAUACAAUGAUCACAGGGAAAGGUUGCAAAACUACCUCAAUCACGGACAGCACAGAAGUUCUUGAGAGAACUCUGUGGAGAACUUCAAACAACGUAGAUUUUCUUUUCAUCGAAUUUGGUGGUCAUGAUGUAUAUGAGACAGUUUUAAGACAUUUUAUGGACAAAAAUGCGUUGUAUAUCAUUCUCUACAAUCAUUCUACAUAUCAAACUGAAAAUCAUUACGAUCACAUAGGUAAAUAUCUUGAUUUAAUACGUACUCAUGCUCCAGGAGCUGUUGUCAAAAUCAUUGGUGCCAAGUCUGAUGAAUGGAGGGAUAUUAGCCGAAUGCCUGAGAUCGUUUUGAAAGAAGUUGAAAUGAAUUUACGAGACUAUGAAGAAAAAGAUAAACUAAGAUAUGAAGAAAACAUUAAGAACUUAAAGUCACUUAAUUGCGAUAAAGAGUAUGAAAAGUUGAGGGGAAUCAUCGAAAAGCCAGUGAACAUCAUUCCAGGAAUAGUUUACACUUCUGUUAUCGACAAAGUUCGAAACAUAUUAGAUUUUGUUAAUGAAUUGGAAUUAAUAGCUAUUAAUAAGGAGUUAUUUCCACAAAACCAACGCUUUGUUCCUCAGUCCUGGAAAUUAUUUCGAUCAGACUUAAGUCGAAAAGACAAUUUGUUUAUCGAGAUAGACAAUGCAAGAAAAUUAGCUGAAAACAGGGGAAUAAAAAAAGAUGACUUUUCCUCAAUGUUACAGCAUAUGCAACUCUCAGGGGAUCUUCUUUGGCCAAAAAAGAUAUCAUCCUUGGAAAACUUUCUUUUUCAUAAACCAACAGACUUAGUACAAAAAAUGCGAUUUUUAUUCCGAUAUAAUUUGGAUAAGUUUUUAGAUUUAGGAGCGGAGUGCGUUUGGUCAGCCAAAGGGCUUUUUACGGAACAAACUAUGGAGAUAAGCAGAAGAGCAAUUUUGGAGGCAGGACAGCUGUCUUGGCGAGCUGCUCGUUGUUUUUUUUUUCACGAUAAAAAUCUAGACAGUGAAAGCGAGCUGAGAACCCUCUUGAACAUUUUAGAAAAUUUUGGUUUCUGCUAUGUUAUCCCACCUCCAAGAAUUCCACCUCCUCUUUCUCAUUUCGUUCCUGCUGUAGUUGUACCUUCAUUAAAUACAAUACCGAAUGGCAACAAUCCUGAUUGGUGGUGUCAAGGAGAGGAUUUUAAGUGCAUGAGAAUAAUUUUUCCGUUAAAACCUAUACCUAGGUCUUUUUUUUAUUUUUUGGCUUGCAAAGUUCAAGCGUUGGUUGAAUUACGAUCGGAUACAUGUUUAUGUAUAAGAGCAAGAACAAUUGAUCAAACAUUUAUAAAACUUGAAAUUCAAGAAGAUAGAAAAGAGUUUUUUUUUAAGUUACAUGGCUCAGAAGACGUUUUCACUAAUCUUCAGAGUUUGAUUUUAGAAGCUGCAAAUUACUAUGAGGGAAUUAUUUACCUUGUAGACUACGAUUAA